CCUCUGCUGAGCCAACAGCAGCGUGGGACUCUAAGCGGCAGCAAUCUCCGUACGGAUUCGAGAGUCCUACCUCUCCUACCCCACCACCCUCUCCCCAGACUAUUCUCCUGGUGGUGAGGCAGGACCCCUCCACCCCGCUUCAAGCUCUCGUGCCCGCGUCCCCCCGAAAUUUCCGCUUCUGUGUUGCAAGAUGUCAGAAAGGCUAGUGAAUGGCAUAGGAAAGUGGAGAGUCAGAAUUGGACCCAGAUUCUGCCUUGUUGGAGGUGGACGAAUGGUGACUAGAUUAGAAAACAUUAGGCAGAUUUCAGCGUCAAGCCUGCACUCCCGGCUCUUAGAACUACAUUUCCCAUGAAGAUGGACUACAUUUCCCAUGAGGCCCCGGACGCGCGCGUAGACGACGCAAAGGGACAGCUUCCUGUCUCGAGAAAAGCUGCGUGGCCGACGACCGGAAGCUGUUUUUUUCCUAGAACAAGUAAGCUAUUUCUGCUGUCACUCUUCUGGCUUAAAUGCUAAAACUGACAACCUCCAGAUUUUAGGUGUUUUUGGACCAGAAGCGUCAGGAACAAAUAGAUCCAAGUUCAGAUAGGGUGGAUCUCUAUGAUUUGUUUAUUCCUGAGGUUGUCUUAUCAUGGCUGAAAAUGACAUAGAAAGAAUCCAGACUGAGAAACUCCUAAAAAGAGUGCAAGAACUGGAGCAGGAGGUACAAAGACUUAAAAAAGAACAGGCCAACAACAAGGACUCAAACGUUAGAGAAAAUUCUUCAGGAGCUGUAAAAGCUAAGCGUGCAUUUGAUUUCAGCGCUCACAGUCGAAGACAUGUAGCCCUAAAGAUAGCUUAUCUGGGCUGGGGAUAUCAGGGCUUUGCCAGUCAGGAAAACACAAACAAUACAAUAGAAGAGAAACUGUUUGAGGCUCUAACCAAGACUCGACUAGUAGAAAACAGACAGACAUCCAACUAUCACCGGUGUGGGCGAACAGACAAAGGAGUUAGUGCCUUUGGACAGGUGAUUUCUCUUGACCUACGUUCUCACUUUCCAAAGGGCAGGGAUUCAGAGGAUUUUAAUUUAAAAGAUGAAGUCAACGAUGCAGCUAUAGAGAUCCGUUAUACCCACAUUCUCAAUCGGGUGCUCCCUCCAGACAUCCGUGUACUGGCCUGGGCUCCCGUAGAACCUAGCUUCAGCGCUAGGUUCAGCUGUCUUGAGAGGACCUACCGCUAUUUCUUCCCUUGUGCUGACUUAGACAUUGUAACCAUGAACUAUGCAGCUCAGAAGUAUGUUGGCACACAUGAUUUUAGGAACUUAUGUAAAAUGGAUGUAGCCAACGGGGUGAUUAAUUUUCAGAGGACUAUUCUGUCCGCUCAAGUGCAGCUAGUAGGCCAGAGCCUGGCUGAGGAGAGAUGGCAAGAACCCUUUCAGUUAUGUCAGUUUGAAGUGAUUGGCCAGGCAUUCCUUUACCAUCAAGUCCGCUGUAUGAUGGCUAUCCUUUUUCUGAUUGGCCAAGGAAUGGAGAAGCCAGAGGUUAUUGAUGAGCUGCUGAACAUAGAGAAAAAUCCCCAGAAGCCUCAAUACAGUAUGGCUGUAGAAUUUCCUUUAGUCUUGUAUGACUGUAAGUUUGAAAAUAUUAAGUGGAUCUAUGACCGGGAAGUUCAGGAGUUCAAUGUUACCCACCUUCAGCAACUCUGGGCUAAUCAUGCUGUUAAAACUCAGAUGCUGUAUAGUAUGCUACAAGGACUGGACUCUGUUGCGGUACCCUGUAGGACAGGACCAAAGAUGGAUGGAGUGAUAGAAUGGAGAAAUGUUAAGCCCUCUGUCAUAAAGCAGACCAGUGCCUUUGUAGAAGGAGUGAAAAUGCGCACUUAUAAGCCCCUAAUGGAUCGUCCUAAAUGCCAAGGAUUAGAAUCCCGGAUCCAGCAUUUUGUACGUAGGGGACGCAUUGAGCACCCACAUUUAUUCCAUGACGAAGAAACAAAAGCCAAAAGGGACUGUAAUGACACACUAGAGGAAGAAAAUACUAUUUUGGAGAAACCAACAAAGAGAGUUUGUGUUGAUACAGAAAUUAAAAGCAUCAUUUAACCGUAGAGAACUCACCAAGAUCUAGGAGGCAACAAAAAACCAUUAGGCUAAAGAAGUUCUUGCUUGAAUAAGAAAGAAUUUAAACAUUCUUUCAUUCCUGUCCAAGAGAAUUAGAGAUGGAAGAAGCAAAAAGUAAUUUUAAAAUGGACAUAUGUUUACAUACACCUGGAAACCUGUGCGUUGUGUUCACAUUCAUUAAAGCCAGAUCCUGCAAGUGUC